CAGUGUGAGCAGCAUACCGCCGUUUGACUGUACAAUGGAUUAACAUGAGCAGCGUAAGUGUGUGUGCGUGUGUGUGUUCUUGGGGGCAGGCCUUCGCACACAAAGAAGACAUCACAGUCAAAGUGGGAUCAAAGUUUAACUCGCUAAAAGGAGAAGACUCAACUUGUAUGCUUGAGAAAUGGAAUGUAAAUGCGAAACCAGCAAUGCCGAAGAUGCAGCUAAUGACUGGUGGCUGAGCGGCACCAAUGCCCAGAUGGGAGCUUACACCGUGGUGGGGUAUCUUCUGUACAGAUUCUCACAGACCCUUCCCGCGAUCAUCCGAUGGCCGAUUCGGUUCUUCUGCUCUAUAACUGGUCUGUCAGCUCUUUGGGGAUGGGUGAGCCGCGUUGUUGGGACCCUCCGAGGAAUCCAAAGUCUGUGCAAAUGGAUGUCUCAUAUUUGGAAGUUUAUCAAAGGAUUGUCUGGCAAAUUCCAUUGGGUGAUUCCCUUCCUCGCAGGAUCCGGUGAAGGCUAUAUGGCAAAUGAGACCAUAAGACUGAACCUGUCGAGUCCCUUAAAAGCAGGCCUCAGACUGAUCGUAGUGGGCCCUGCUGGUGGGGGACGCACAUCUGUGGUAAACACUUUGUUGGACAGCUGGGCAGAAGAACCAGAUGAACCUCUCACAGAGAGCACCAUAAGAAGAGCCAUAGUGGACGGUAGGGAACUCACUGUGAUUGACACGCCGGAUCUAUUGAGUGAGUCUUUGGAGAGAGUUACUCGAGUCAAGGAAGCUCUGAGGAGCAUUCAGCUGGCAAGUCCUGGUCCUCACGCCAUCCUGCUGGUAAUGCAGGCACCACGCUCCAGCAACGUGACGCAACAAGAAGGGAUGCAAGCCAUCCAAGCUACACUGGAACUGUUUGGAGAGAGCAUCCGAGGGCACAUCAUCCCGGUGCUAACCCACGCCGACCGCUUGGGUCGACGGCACACUUUGGAGCACCUGCUGGGUACGGAUGCCGGCGGCGUGAACAAAUUGACGUCAGUGUGUGGUCAGAGGCCUGAGUUGCUGGACACUAGGCCGGAUCGGUCUCCGGAAGAACAGAAGGUGACGCGCAGGAUGCUGGUGGGGCGUGUCCUCGAGCUGAAGGGGCUCAGGGGACAUUUUGUCCAUGAGUGGCAGAGGAGGGAGGAACGUGUAAGGGAGGAGCUGCUGGCUGACAUGAUCUCUGGCAUGACAUCUUAAAAAAUCAAUUUUAAAAUCAAAUCUCAGAUGAUGAAUGUAUUUUCAGUGGCCUGCAAUUUAAAAUGAUCUACAAGAAGUUCUUCCCACAAAA